UAAAUUAAUAUUUAAACUAUUAACAAGUAUAAAAGAAAUUGUAGUCAUCUAUAGAUUUUAGUGUUCAAUAAAUAUUAAAAUAUGAAUUAAAAUUAAGGAGACGAAGAUUAAGCUUAAUUGCAGAAGCAUCAAGAGGGAUACGUUGACCAUGCAGAGCAACAUUAAGAAUAACAAUCAGAAACGAUUGAUUAGCUGGAAAAGGAAUAGGUUUAGAUUCCAGACCACUAUUCUGAAUUGAAUAAUAAUAAAUAAGAAGAAGGUAUGGAAGAUUUUAUUCAAAAAAGUGUAGUUGAAGAAGAAGAGGCUAAAUAAGAUUAAUAAAAUGAAGUGAUAAAGCCAUAAUUUUAGUAAGUAAAUUAAAUAGAAAGAAGAACUAUUACAUUAGAAGACUAAGAACUUUAAGAUAUUAGUUAAAUGGAUUAAAGUUUAAGUAGCAUGAACAAUAAUAGCGAAAGUUAGAUUUAAGACUAGAAUUAGUAAGUAAAUAUGUAGCAACAAUAGCAAAAUCAAUAAUAAUAGCUUAUAGACGAAGAAGAAGAAAACAACAACCCUUUAAAUCCUGCUGAAGUAUAUGCCAGAAUGAUCGGUACUAUGAAUAAUGAACCCUUUUUGCAUGAAGAAACAUUGAUUGGAAUAAUAGAAUUACUUCAUUUAAAUAGUACGGAAAUGUUUGAUGAAAUAGAUAGAAACUAGCCAAACUGGAAAGAAUAAAUUGAAUAAGAAUUGAAAAAGAGAUUGGAGAUUUACAACAAAAAAGUUGAGUUGAUUUCUAGCAUUUAUCAAUAAAGUAUUCCAAAUAACUCGAUGCACAACAUAGAAAAAAUUAUGUCUAUAAUAAAAAGUAAGGAAAAAGAAAUAUACAUUUAUAAAAUAGAUAAAAGUCUUCCUCUAUGCUGUAAACAUCAUCACUAAAAAAAUAAUAACGAAGAUAAUAAUCAAUAAGAUUAAGAGUAAAAGGAAAAUGAUUUUGAUAGCAGGUAGGAUUAAUUUAAUGGUAUUAAAUAAAAUAAUGAGGAAUAUAUUGAAUAAAGUAACUAAUAAGACUAAGAAAAUAUCAUUUGUUAAGACAAAUUAUGUGAUGAUUUUAAUCACAAUCAUAUUAAAGGCCAAAACGAAAACGGUGAUGACGAUUAUACAAGAGAAAUAAAGUAAGAAUAAUGUUAGGCUAUUGAAAGCAAUACAGAUGGAAAAAGUGGCUCUAAUGAAAAUUUAGAAGAACUUUUGCAAAAAGAACAAGGUGAAAAUCUAGAUGAAGAGCAAGAAUAUGAAGUUAUUGAUGAUAAAGACGAUGAUAUUUCUGAAGAAAAUUUAGAGAAAUUGAAAAAAAAACUAGAGAGAAACGAAGCUAUUCGUAAGAAAUAGGAAGAAUAAAAGUAAAGACUAAUAGAAGAAAAUUAAAGACUAAAAAGAGAGUAUGAAGAAAUGAUUGAAAAAGAUUAAAAGUUAAGAAGGGAUUACCAAAAUUAAUUAUAAGUCGAAAAUCAUCUAAUGUAAAAACAGGCAACUCUUUAGGUAUAAUAUUAACAAUUAUAGAACUUAUAAUAGCUUAACUAGAGUAAUUUAAGUGAUUCUUAAUAGAAUCAGAAUUCAACAUCAAAUGAAAAUGAGUAAUUAGAAUAAGAUAACUAAAAUAAUGUUUAAAAAACUGAGAUAAUUGAAGAACCAUCUGAAAUAUAAUCUAGGAAUCAGUCAGAAAACUAACCUGAAUUGUAGACAAAUCAAACUCAAAGUGAAGAAUGCCACCAUUCUCACCAUCAUCACAAUUAACACAACAAUCACCACCAUAAUCACCAUCAUAAAGACAUAAAUGAAGAAAAUUAAAACCAGAAUCACUAAGUAAAUAACGAGUAAGAAGAAAAUGUAAAUCCUGCUUUUUAACACUCUGAAGACUACAAUUAACAUAUUCUUCCAUUUAAGAUCCUUGGAUAAAGUCUAUCAAUAAAUCACAUUCACUCUAUUAUGUCUAUGUAAUUUGUUGAUUUACAAAGACUGAAAUCACUAAAUCCUGUUGAAAAUUCAAUAACUUUUGAAAUGAAUGACAAUUACUUGAUAAAAAUAAAAAGUUGUGAACAUAUUAAAUACGAUAAGUCCUCUCUUUGUUCAAAAAUCCCCCACUUUAUCUUCAAGGAACAUAUUUUCCCUUUUCUUUCUUCUGUUGAAUUGUUCAGAGUAAGAAGUGUCUCCCCUGAAUGGCGUGAACUAGUUCGUGAAGUUUGGCACAAGACUUUCAAAAGAGAUAUGUAAGAACAGCUUCUUGCAACUGACCUUUGCAAAGAAAUAGAAGCAUAGUUUAAAUUGAUGCACAUUAGGAACCCUUUCUUUUAGAAAUUGAAUUUACUAAUCAGAGCAAUGGUUGAUGUCAUAAACUGGGAGGAGUUUGAGAAAAAAAGUAUAGAAAAUAAACUUAGUUAAACUGAAAAGAAAAUUGUAGUGUCUCUUUUAAGAAUUAUUGGGUAUAACAUCUUAGAUUAUGAAAAUAUUAACUAAUUUGAAGAGGAAGAAUAUGACAAACACUAGGUUGAUAUUGCACUACAUUUAAAAGACUUUUUAAAUAAUUCUAUAAAUCACAAUGGAAUGUCAUCUCAAAGUUUGAAAAAUAUAUUCAACAAUUUCCUGGUUUAAGCAGAUAUAUCUACUCCAAUUGUUAGGAAUUAAAUCGAUAAGAACUUUAUUAUUUUUAUUCUUAUUGCUAAGCAGUAUUACCUAUAUUCUUUACUUAGAAAUUAUAUUACUUCAUCAAGCACCUAUAUGCAAUUUGCCAAGAAUAAACUUGACGCUUUGUCUAAGGAUUGGCCUACUUCUAAGGGGUUUCUUGAAGGUGCCUACAGAAUCCUCCUACUCAGAAAUGUUUCCAUAAAAAAUGGUGAAAUUGUCAAUAAUGAUUCUGAUGAUGGAGAAUAAUUUAAGAUUAAUAGAAAAAAUAAAAAAACUAAAAAAUCAAAAAAGAUGGAUUUGGAUAAAAAGAAGGAAGAAGUAAAUGAGAAUAUUCAAGAGUAAAUAAAUUAAUUUGAAAACUAAAACGAAUAAGGCCAUAGUAAAGUUCAAAACAUAGUCUAAAAUAACUCUGAUUUAAAAUAAUAAAACUCAGAAGAAAAUUCAAAUGUUUAGAGCAAUACUGAAAUGACACAAGAAUUAAAUCAAAGAGAAUAGUCUUAAAUCUCUUAGAGCAAUACUGAAAUGACACAAAAAUAAAAUCAAAACGAAUAGUCUUAAAUUUCUGAUUAAAAAAAAGACGAUCAGUAGAAUAUAAAUAAUAAAGAUGAGAAGGAAGUAAAAGAAAAAGAUGAUGAAAAUGACGAUGAUGAGGAAGAGGAAGAGGAUGAAGAAGAUGGUGAUUAAGAAUAAUCUUAAGCAGAAUUAACUUAAUUAAUGAAUUCUAUUUUCAAUCUCUAGUAAAAAGAAAAUCAAGAACCUGAUAUAGUUAUUAAGAGAAAGGCAGGUACUAUGAAAAUAUUUUUGGAUUAAGGAACAAAAUUAGAUAUAAUUUUAAAUACAAUCAUCACUUAUGGUAUGUAAACAGCUCACAAAUAAGUUGCAUAAGAAGCUUGCAAUUUAGUUUAAAACUCUAAAGUGACUUUAGAAAGAUUAGAAAAAACAUUCAAUGAAAAUUAAUUACAGAUUGAUGAAAUGAAGAUAAAAAGCUAGCAGCUAGAGCAAUCUCUCUUAGAAAAAUAAGCUGAGUUGGAGAAGGUUUAGCUUUAAAACUAGUAACUCCACCAAGAAUUCUAAAAAGACUCUUAAGAAAUUUAAUAAUUACAAAAUACAGUUAGAAGAUAGGAGGACGAAAUAGAAAAUUACGAAAAUUCAUAAAGCACAGAAACAUAAGAUAAAUAAUAAGAAAAUAAUCAAAACAUAGACAAUUCUGAAUAACAUCAAAACUGA